AUGUAUAUACUUCCCUACAUGUUACCUGUUCUCCUGACGGUGUCAGCAGCCAGCAUCGCCCGCAGUACAAUGGAGCAAGCUGACGAUAUUAUGGUGUACCGUGACGGGCCUACUGCCGAUGAAUCGGCAGGUAUAGGUGUCGAAUUGGAGAGUCCGUUCUUCAAAUUUGUAUAUCCAGGGUGUUCGAUGGACGACACCAACGCGGCAAAGAAAGCAGUGGUUGACAAAUGUCAGGGCACAAACUGGUUGUUGACGGCCGACACGGGGGUUGACCCCGGAAAACUCAACGCCGAGUUCAUUUUUGACGGCCAAAAGAUCAAAGUCGGGACUGGAGAGCUUGUAACGGCUGGAAAAGCAGCAGCAGACGAUCUGGUAAAAUGGUACCCAUGGCAAAAACCGCAGACUGAGGUGCAGAUUACCAAUAAUAAGUGCAACCUAUGGAAAAUUACUAGCCCAACCAGUAAAGAUGAACCAGAAACUGUGCUGUGGGACCCUCAGGUCACUGCGCUAAUGUCCCUUGAGGCACUAAUAGACUAUUCUAUUCUUGUUACAAAGCCAUACUUCACCCCUGUCAAAGAAAUUAAGCCGGCCGUGCUUUCUGAUGAUGUGCUUGUAUUCUGCUCCUUGGUCUUAUUACAUGUGAAAUCCUUGGACGGUAAACUACUUAAGCCAGACGAGAGUCCUAAGCUGCGUAUGCCCUUUAUGCCUCGAAAUGAUUUUGUGACCCUCUAUAACCAAGUCGAGUUAAAGCUCAAGGGGAUUCCUCUUUUGCCUCUUUUUGAGAAGCUCGCAUGCUACAAGGUGUCAGCUGGUAAGCUUGCGCUUGAUAAGAAUUUCUGCACCGGGACGGCCAAGGCUCCAGUGCCGAACAACGUGUUUGCCGGCCUCACGUUCAAAAAUACGGCUUCCAAGUCUCCCGACGCCACGCUGACCGUCAAGGCCUGGAUUGAAGGCAUCACCGCCAAGAAAGACUUGCUUACCGCAUUUGACAAAAUCAUUGACAGUUCCAUUGGGGGGGCUUGGAUCCAAGACAGAGAAGAUGUACCAGGGGACUCGCAAUGUGCCUUUAUUCGAAUUCCGAGACCUUAA